AUGGCUACCGCCGACGACCCGACCGGAAACCUCCACGUCGCCAUCCUCCCGUUCAUGGCCCACGGCCACAUGAUCCCGAUCAUCGACAUCGCCAAGCUGUUCGCCUCCCGCCGGGGAGUCAAAACCACCAUCAUCACUACCCGCCUCAACGCCCCUUUGGUCUCCAAACAAAUCCCGACCACCGCGGAAAUCCACAUCGAGCUCAUCAGAUUCCCGGCGGCGGAGGCCGGCGUGCCGGAGGAAUCAGAGACCGCCGAUUUCUUCUCCUCCACCGCCCAGAAAAUGGGUCCGAACUUCCUCUUCAAGUUCUUCCACGCUGCAGCGUUACUCCGGCGACCGCUGGACGCCGCCCUGGCGAAGAUCCGGCCGGACUGCCUCGUCUCCGACGCGUUCUUCCCCUGGAGCGCGGAAUCCGCGGGGAAAUUAGGCAUCCCGAGGUUGGUCUUCCAUGGCACCGGGUACUUCGCUCUCUGUACCGCCGUUUGCAUCCGGGUUCACAAGCCACACAAGAAUUCGGAUUCGGAGUCCUUCGUUGUUCCUUGUCUGCCGGGGAAAAUCGAGCUCACCCCGAGCCAGUUGCCGGAGAGUGCGAGGAAGGAGGAGGAAGGGAAUCCGUUUACGGAGCUGGUCAGGGAAAUGGCUGAAUCGGAGGGGAAGAGCUACGGGGUGAUCGUGAAUAGCUUCCGCGAGCUUGAACCCAACUACGCCGAUUUCUACCGCGACGAAUUGGGGAGAAGAAAUUGGGCAAUCGGCCCUGUUUCGCUCUCCAAUCGGAGAUCCGAGGAGAAAGCGGGCAGAGGAGGCAGGGGAACAGGGGAAUCGAGCUCCGAUUGCUUGAAAUGGCUGGAAUCCAAGGAGCCCGAUUCCGUGAUCUACAUUUGUUUCGGGAGUUUGGCCGAUUUCGCCGAUUCCCAGCUGAAAGAGAUCGCAGCAGCGCUGGAGAGCUGGGGCGGGAGCUUCAUCUGGGUCGUGAGGAAAGAUCCAAGAACAGAGUCUGAAUCUGAAUCUGAAGAAGAAUGGCUGCCGGUGGGAUUCGAGGACAGAACGGCGGAGAAAGGGCUGAUAAUUAGAGGGUGGGCACCUCAAAUUUUGAUUCUGGAGCACGAGGCGGUGGGCGGAUUCGUGACGCACUGCGGGUGGAAUUCGACGCUGGAAGGGAUAACAGUGGGGAAGGCGAUGGUGACCUGGCCGGUGGCGGCGGAGCAAUUCUACAACGAGAAGCUGGUGACGGCGGUGUUGGGGAUCGGUUUACCGGUCGAGGCGGAGAAGUGGGUGAGAGGGACUGGUGAUGAUGAAGUGAUCAUGGCGGAAGGGAUUGAGAUUGCUGUGAGGAGGUUGAUGGAUGGAGAUGAAGGGAAAGAGAUGAGGAGGAAGGCUAAGGAGCUUAGGGAAAUGGCGAGAAUGGCGAUUGAAGAAGGUGGAUCUUCGCAUUCUAGUUUGAGUGAUCUAAUCGAUGAAUUGAAACAACGAUCUCAUGUGUAA